UAAAAAAGAGAGAUCGGAAAAGGACAUUGUCACCGGCGAGUCGGCGACCGCCUGCUACUCACACGACGGCGCUCGAGGAAGCGAAAACGAAGCGCCUUCUUUCCUUUUCUUCUUUUACUUCCCUGGGGGAAACAUCCGAUGGACUGUGGCGAGCAGAUUAGAUGCCUAGAAUUGGCCAAAUCAUCCUCAUUUUGCCGCACAAUUUACUCAGAGAUAGAAGAGGUUGGAUGGGAGCGUCUUGUGAGAUUGGGUGGAGAUUUAACAUUUCUUAGUUUUCAUGUUUUGGAUGAGAAGGGAAGAGUUCAUGUGUUGGAAAUUCAGUUGGAUAAAACCUAUCCUAAAGAUCCACCCAUGGCUUCAGCGGAUGUACCAUAUAUGUUCAAUUUAGAGUGGUCAAUGAACUCAAGAUUGAAAGACUUGGUGAAACAGUUUCAGGAGCAUCUGGAGAAGCUUCAGGAAUUCUGGUCUACUUUGGAUGAGAUUGACAGGUCUUUUUGGGUUGUUGAUCCAAAGUCACCAACUCGUGCUAUGUCUUUUCGCCAGAUUCAGAUAGGAAAUGGUUGUGUUAUCAUGCUGUCAAUAAAUGUCAAUAAUCCCAAAUCUUUACCAGAGUGUCGUUUUAUGGGUUCAGGUACAAUUGUGAACACAUUGAGAAAGAUAUGGAAGAGAAAUAGCAAGAGAUGGCUGAGGGAUAAAACGUUUCAAGAAAAUCUUGCAUCUAUAUUGGAGACCCAACUUCCAAGGUCCCGAGAUUUCUUGAGGGAUGAUCGACAGGUAGAAUGUGGAAUCUGCUAUGCCCAUUGUCUUCCCAUAGAUGAUGAACUUGGAACUAAAAGUGGAAGUGGUACUGACUAUACGUGUGAGAAUACAAAUUGCAGUAGGGCUUUCCAUAGCAUGUGUCUUGUGGACUGGUUGCAUUCUAUCACAACAACUAGGCAGGGACCAGGACCCAUGAUACAAUUCACAGACCCCAUAUUCUUUAGUUUCAAGUGCUACUGUGCACUUCUAAUUGUGAGAUAAGUAGGAUCAUUGUGGCCGCUGAAAGGAAAGUAUACAUAGGAUUUUAUUUGGAUGCCUUAGGAUUUAGGCGUGCUCAGUGUGCUCACCUAUCACUAAAUGGAAAAUGAGUUAAGCAUCCAAAGGGCUGUCCACUAAAUGAUAGGGUUUAUCAUCCCAUAAUAGUUAUUGAGGAGGUGCUAUAGUUUUCUUCUCAGUUGGUGGUGGUCACCGUCUCUUGUGACCUCAUUUUUAAUGUGGAUUGUUCAAGUUUGGUCCAGUGGUUGAGCAGCACAAUUAAGGCUGGCCAUCUUUUAUUAUUCUUCCCCACUUCUAAAGUGUAGGCAGGCAAUUUUGUAUCCUAACCCCACCAGUUGUUGUUUGUAAUUGUAUCCAAACAGACUGAAGUAUGUUCCUGGCCUCACCACUCAAACCAAAACAUUAACGUGCUCGUUUUUGUAGCUUUUUUCAAGUUUGACUAGUAUAAAAAAUCAGUUGAAACUGUUCUUGAUGGGUUUUCCCUGUUCAUAAUCUACCCUUGUUUCCUUGGACUCUCUCCUCUGUUUCCUUACCUAUAUGGUAGCUUGAUUUAUGGUUAUAAAUGCUGGUUUUGCAGGUCAUUUAAUGUCCUAUUUGGCAAUUGUCCUUACUGUUCCGAGCCAGUUGCAGUUAAACU